AUGAAUUAUUCAUUAGCUCAAUUUUUGAAAGAUGUGGCUGCUGGUAACUACAAUGUGAUUUCCAUCGAUCUAAAGAAUAAUGGGAUGGUUUUAGCGUCGUUACAGAAUGAAUUGAACAGGGGACCCAAAAGUCGACAUGAUGAUAAGUCGUUAGAGAAAUUAAUCGAGUCUCAUAAAUUUCAUGGUGGUAACUGGACUCGUUUCAACAUUUUAUUGGUGUCAUUUCUACAGUACUGUAGAGAUGUGGAUCCAUGGUCACUUUGGAAAAGUUGUGAUUUAAUCUUCAAUUUUUAUCAAAAUUUGAACAACUGCUUGUUGAACGAUAGUUACCCCAUAGACAAUUUAGUUCCACUUUUUAGGUCUCACACUGAGUACGUGAUACCACUAGCUAAAAGAUUGGACAGUAAUUAUCUUAUAAUUGGGACCAAGAGACACCAGUUACUCUCAUUUAUAUCUUCAGUGAUAUCAAGACUAUUCAACAGCAUAAAAAAAUUGGAAAAUGCUGAUACGAUACCUGCUAAACAAACCAUAUUGAUGUACAUUGUCAAUAAGAUUAACAACAUUUAUUUCCAAAUCGAUUCACCACAAUUAUGUUCCAAUAUAUUCAAAAAUUUCAGACCAAAGAGCAUGGCACCAUUUCGUGAGUAUCCUAUAAAGGAACAAAUUGAAUACCGAUACCUUCUGGGACGCUACUACUUACUCAACAACAUGGUUACAAAUGCCUUUGUACAAUUGAAUAGUGCCUAUAGACAACUAGCACUUGUGCUGGACUGCGUACAUCCCGAUUACAUCCCACAAUUGCGUCGAAAUUUGGUAAGAAUUCUCAUAUAUCUGGUGCCUACAGGACUAAUGAUUGGUAAAUUACCAAGAUUGAAUUUAAUAAGAAGCCUCAAUGCCACGAUAGCUGACAGGUAUUCAGAAUUGGCUCGUCACGUUAGAGGUGGUUCCAUAAAGGGACUCAAUGGGUGGUUACAAACACACGAAAGCGAGCUACGCAAGCAUGAUCUUCUACUAGUGCUUCUAGAGAAAUUGCCCAUGAUCACAUACAGAUACUUGAUCAGAUCCGUGGUGCAGACGUUUGUUACUACGCAAGAUUCAGGAAGGUUGCCCUAUAAUGUUGUGGAAACAGCCAUGAGGGUAUCUAUAGGGCCUAUAGAGCAACCAUUGACAUGCUAUAACGCAAUACAUGAUCCCAAAAAUCUAGAAAAUGUUCUAGUAACUCUUAUAAACUUGGGAUUAUUAAGAGGUAACUGUUUCCCACUGUUAAGAACCUGUGUUGUCAAAAAGACCCACCAAACACAGGAAAUUUUGCCCCCUAUACAAGAUAGGGUGGUUCAAGCGUUCCCUCUGAACUCUGACGAUGCCUGGUUAGACGGUUGA